AUGGCAAAGUAUAAAGACGGUUCGCUACUUAACCGGUUGAGACAAGCCGUCAGCAAAGUGAAAUUCGUGUUGAGUUUCAAGAUAAACAGCCUUUGGGGUCUCGUACCAAUGCUUGGUUCUUCUUCUUCUUCCUCAUCUCUUCGGUUUAGUUUCAGUGAUAGAGCAGAGGAGAAUGAACGGGACUCAACAGGUUCUUCAAGAGGAGCGUUAUAUAGAGCCGGGAGACGUUAUGAUCCAUCUUCAGAAGAAGACAUAGACAACAAAGCUGAGAUGUUCAUAGCUAAUUUCUACAAGCAGCUUAAGAUUGAGAGACAAAUCUCUUUGGAACUUAAAUAUUGCUUGGGUAAUAAUCAAAGUUUCAACUAUAGGUCGCCUUAG